GUUAACUUGAGUUGUUUGGGCUGAGAGGAGAGAGGGUUCAGUUGAUGUUGCUUCUCCUGGGCCGCAGGGUUCCGCUGUCACUCGUACAUAGACUCACUACCUGCUGUCCUUCAUCCUCACUGUCGAGGCCCGUUCUGCUCAGCUCUGCACUAAUAAAACUCACAGCGAUAACUAGAGUUACACACAGCACCGUCUUCGUUAGCGGCCAAAAUACAGGAACCAUGCCCGAAAGGAGGCCCUUCGUGCGGUUACCAACUGACGUUUACCCCGUCAACUAUGGCUUGUGUCUGAAGCCGGACCUGAUCGACUUCACCUUUGAAGGCAAGCUGGAGGCGCUGGUGGAGGUUACACAAGCCACGAAUCAGAUUGUGAUGAACUGCGCUGACAUCGACAUCAUAACAGCUUCCUUUGCACCGCAGGGAGGUGAAGAAAUUAAUGCAACCGGAUUCAACUAUCAAAAUGAGGAUGAGAAAGUCACCCUGUCAUUUCCUAGCGCUUUACAGAAAGGCUCCGGCAUGUUGAAGGUAGACUUUGUCGGGGAGCUGAACGACAAAAUGAAGGGAUUCUAUAGAAGUAAAUAUUCAUCCGCUGCUGGAGAGAGCCGCUACGCUGCUGUCACACAGUUUGAGGCCACGGACGCUCGCAGAGCUUUCCCCUGUUGGGAUGAGCCCGCCAUCAAAGCCACCUUUGACAUCGCUCUGAUCGUUCCCAAGGACCGAGUAGCCUUGUCAAAUAUGAAUGUCAUUGAGCGAAAGCCAUAUCCGGAGGAUGAGAACCUGGUGGAAGUGAAGUUUGCCACCACACCCAUCAUGUCCACAUACCUUGUAGCUUUUGUCAUCGGGGAAUAUGAUUUUGUGGAGGCCCAAUCAUCAGACGGUAUCACGGUACGCGUGUACACACCUGUCGGGAAGGCAGAACAAGGGAAAUUUGCGCUGGAGGUUGCUACUAAGACCUUACCGUUCUACAAUGACUACUUCAAUGUUCCUUAUCCAUUGCCUAAAAUCGAUCUAAUAGCUAUUGCUGAUUUUGCUGCUGGUGCCAUGGAGAACUGGGGCCUUGUGACCUACAGGGAGACGGCUCUGCUCAUCGACCCCAAGAACUCCUGCUCGUCCUCCAGGCAGUGGGUGGCGCUGGUGGUCGGACACGAACUCGCUCACCAGUGGUUCGGAAACUUGGUCACCAUGGAAUGGUGGACCCAUCUGUGGCUUAAUGAGGGGUUCGCGUCUUGGAUCGAGUAUCUGUGUGUGGACCACUGCUUCCCGGAGUACGACAUCUGGACCCAGUUCGUCUCCGCCGACUACACCCGCGCUCUGGACCUGGACGCUCUGGACAGCAGCCAUCCCAUCGAGGUGAACGUGGGCCAUCCGUCAGAGGUGGAUGAAAUCUUCGACGCCAUCUCCUACAGCAAAGGAGCGUCAGUGAUCCGCAUGUUGCACAACUACAUAGGAGACGAGGACUUUAGGAAAGGAAUGAACGCCUACCUGCUGAAGUUCCAACAUAAAAAUGCUUCCACAGAGGACCUAUGGGACUGUCUGGAACAGGCCAGUGGAAAACCCAUCGCUCUAGUCAUGAGCUCGUGGACCAAGCAGAUGGGCUUCCCCAUUAUAGAAGUGGAAGAGGAGCAGCAAGGAGACGACCGCAUCGUGAAGUUAUCUCAGAAGAAGUUCUGCGCCAGUGGACCACACGACGGUGAGGAUUGCCCCAGCUGGAUGGUCCCCAUCAGUAUUUGUACCAGCGAGGACCCCAAAUGCUCCAAGCUCAAGGUUCUGCUGGACAGACCCGAGACCACCAUCACUCUGAACGGCGUCCCCCCCGACCAGUGGAUCAAGAUAAACCCCGGCACCGUGGGCUUCUAUCGGAUCCAGUACAGCUCGUCCAUGCUGGAGAGUCUGUUGCCGGGCGUCAGAGACCUCAGCCUGCAGCCGGUGGACCGCCUCGGCCUGCAGAACGACCUCUUCUCCCUGUCUCGUGCAGGGAUGAUCAGCACGGUGCAGGUGCUGAAGCUGAUGGAGGCGUUUGUGAACGAGCCCAACUACACGGUGUGGAGCGACCUCAGCUGCAACCUGGGCGUCCUGUCCUCGCUGCUGUCGCACACCGACUUCCACGAGGAGAUCCAGGAGUUCAUCCGGGACCUGUUCACCCCCAUCGGCCUGGAGCUGGGCUGGGACUGCAAAGCAGGGGAAGGUCACCUGGAUGCCCUGCUGAGGAGUCUGGUUCUGGGGAAGCUUGGGAAGGCGGGACACAAACCCACACUGGAGGAGGCCCGGCGGAGAUUCAGAGACCAUGUGGAGGGGAAACAGAUCCUGCCUGCAGACCUGCGGAGCCCGGUGUAUCUCACGGUGCUGAAGCAUGGAGACAGUGCCACGCUGGAAACAAUGCUGAAGCUCCACAAACUGGCAGACAUGCAGGAGGAGAGGAAUCGCAUCGAGCGAGUGCUGGGUGCCAUCUCCGCCCCCGACCUCAUCCAGAAAGUCCUCACCUUCGCCCUCUCGGAAGAGGUUCGUCCCCAGGACACGGUGUUGGUAAUCGGAGGCGUCGCUGGGAGCAGUAAACAAGGCCGGAAAGCUGCCUGGAAGUUUGUGAAGGACAAUUGGGAGGAGCUUUACAACCGCUACCAGGGCGGCUUCCUCAUAUCACGGCUCAUCAAGCUCACAGUUAAUGGAUUUGCUAUCGACAAAAUGGCAGCUGAAAUAAAGAGUUUCUUUGAGAGCCACCCGGCCCCCUCGGCGGAGCGCACGGUGCAGCAGUGUUGCGAGAACAUCCUGCUGAACGCCGCCUGGCUGAAGCGCGACGCAGACGACAUCUCCCAGUAUCUACUGCAGCGCAAAGCCCCCCCCUCCGUCUGAGCCUCCCCCACGUCCAGCCUCCCCCUUUCCCCUCUACCUUCAGCGCGGACCUCCCAGCAUCUUAGCUGCCCCCCCCCCUCCCCCCCCAGAGCGUACUUACAGCAGGCUUCAUUUCUCUAAAGAAACUGUAUGAAACAAGAAGGAAAGCCUAGAAUUUAACAUCGCGUCGGAAACACAGAGAGACUCUUUCUACGUUAACAGCAACUUCAUCUUAGUCGGGAAAGGAAUGUAGUUUUACCCCCAUUCUGCCCACCACCCCCACACCCCCCACCCCACAGACACGUUAUACCACCGGCGCUCAGUGAAUCGCAGAAACAUCCUCCAAUGAUCUGCACUGCAUCACCUGACCCUCCUCCAUCUCUGCGGCGUUGCUGAGAAAACUGUGAAUCCCCCUUUUCCUCCCCCCUCAUAUCCCCCUCCCCCCCUCAUUUUUUUUCCCUCUCCGAUCGUUUAAGAAUGCAUGAAGUGUGAUUUUCUGCAUUUGCUGCUUUUGUUCACUUCCGUUUGUUUUCUGUACAAACAAAUGAUCAGCUGUCCCCUCCCGCUCGCCGUUAGUCCCGCCUCCUCCUCUGAUAGGGCAGAAUGGGGUUAUUACUGUGUGUGUGUGUAUGUGUGUGUGUGUGUGUGUGUGUGUGUGUUGUAGUUUCCAACAACACUGAUUCUCCAUUGCUAAUAAAUGGUUAGGACGAGGCGAGCAGCGCUAGCAUGGUACUACAUUGUAAGCUGUAUAAUGCGAGCAUUUUUUGCGGACGAUGUUCCUUUAAAAGAAUUACAUGAAAAGGGUCAUGGUUACCUGUCCCCCGUCCCUCCCCAAAAAAAACCCCCACAAGCUCAAUAUUUAAUCCCCCGUUUCUCCAUCAGGGAAAUGGAAGAUAUCGGCGUGUUUUAUAAGACAUCAGAUGCAGUGAUUUAUUUAAAUGUUGAGAUAACCUUAUAUUCUAAGAAGAGGGAAAGCGAGUAUUAAAAAAAAUAAAUAAUUAAAAAAAGGAUCACAACACUACUCUUCGAGGCCUUUUUCAUUCUGUAAGACAUCAGGAAACGCCUCCCAGUGAUGAACUCGGAGGCGUUUAAUUGGUCCGACUGGUUCACAGAGAAGGUGUAACGCUGAAGUGAAGAGGAGACUUCCACGUCAAAUGUAUCUACCGUGACAGAUUAUGCAGACUUGUUGAGCGAGUAUAUCUAUAUAGAAUUUACAAUUUGAUGUGUUUUUAUUUUUUGAAAACAUCCCGAGCAAGAAGUCAACCUGUUGUCGAGACCCCCUACCCCAAUCACCCUGGAACAUUUGUUGUUGUUUUUCUUUUUUGUUUCUUUUCAUUUUUUUUGUUUCAAACUACAGUUGGUGUUCAUUAAAGUGAAAAAGGAUUAUAAAAAACAAAAUGAUGUGAAAUUAGUACAAGUCGAUUUUAAUGAGUGAGGUGUGAGUGUGCAUGCCUGGAAAACAGAUUUGUAAUUUAUUUUGUAUUAUCUCACACCGGGGAGGAGAUGAUCACAUUGGAUUACAAAUGGAUGAAGCAGCACUGAAACUGAUGAAUAACAUGUACAUAUAUAUAACACCUAAUGGAAAAUAAAAUUGGUUACAGAUUGACGUAGAUGAUUACCGAGAGAAAAUCCACACGUCUACAUAUUUUUUUGGUUUCAUAAAGUGUCUGUUGUUCAGGCAGCGUCUGGCUUUCAUCCUGUUUCAUGUUUUCCUGUCUUUCUAAUGAACCAGAGUUAAUCAUGGGAUGUGAUUCUGGUUCUGACUCAAAGAAAGAGGAGAAUCUGGACAGCUUCAGUGAAUAUGCAGUCCAAUAAAGCAGCUCUUGAUGAUACAGAUAUCUGUUGCUACCAGACAUUUCUCCGACACAUGACUCCUUCAUUAAAGAGGCCUGAUUCUG